UUUGUCCAGUGAAGCGGAGAGGAGAUGACUGUCAACACUCUUCUCCUGCUCUUCACUCUCUCUCUCACAAGCAGCAGGGCAGAGAAUGCAGAGGAGCGGCUGGUGAACUACCUGUUGGGUCCAGAGCGCUACAACAAACUGAUCAGGCCAGCUGUCAAUAAGAGCCAACAGGUCACCAUCUCCAUACAGGUGUCUCUGUCGCAGCUCAUCAGCGUCAAUGAGAGAGAACAGAUAAUGACGACCAACUUGUGGCUAUUUCAGGAGUGGAAUGACUACAGGCUGAGAUGGGACCCAGAAAAGUACGAAGGCAUAAAGAAACUACGAAUACCAUCCAAACAUAUCUGGCUCCCUGAUAUAGUGCUCUACAACAAUGCUGAUGGCGUGUACGAGGUUUCCUUCUAUUGCAAUGCUGUGGUCUCCAACACAGGAGACAUCUUCUGGCUUCCCCCGGCCAUCUACAAGUCGGCCUGCGCCAUCGAGGUGCAGAACUUCCCCUUCGACCAGCAGAACUGCACCCUCAAGUUCCGCUCCUGGACCUACGACCACACAGAAGUGGAUCUAAUCCUCACGAGCGACUUUGCCAGCCGUGACGACUUCACUCCAAGCGGAGAGUGGGACAUCGUCUCGCUCCCAGCUCGCAAAAACGAGGACCCCAAUGACAUCACCUACUUGGAUAUCACCUAUGACUUUGUGAUCAAGAGGAAGCCGCUGUUUUACACCAUUAAUCUGAUCAUUCCGUGUGUGCUGAUCACGUCGCUGGCCAUCCUGGUGUUCUACCUGCCGUCGGAUUGCGGGGAGAAGAUGACGCUUUGCAUCUCAGUGCUGCUGGCGCUCACUGUGUUCCUGCUGCUGAUAUCCAAGAUAGUUCCACCCACCUCUCUCGCUGUGCCACUCAUAGGUAAAUACUUGAUGUUCACGAUGGUGCUGGUCACUUUCUCCAUCGUGACCACCGUGUGUGUCCUCAACGUGCAUCACCGCUCCCCAUCCACCCACCACAUGCCCGACUGGGUCAAACGCCUUUUCUUAGUUCGCCUCCCCAACUUCCUCCUCAUGAGGCGUCCGGGCUCCUCCAACGUCCGCGAUAAACUCCGCAGGAAGUACACCAACCCGAGCACCGUGGGGAAAAACAAUUUCCAGAGCAGCACAGACAAGAGGCAGUACUCCAACAUCAGACUCGGUGGGAUCCGAACAGACGCAGACUCUUUCUACGUCAAUGAGGACUUGGCACACAAGUUUUGCUGGAAGGUGGACGACAUCCCAGAUGGGGGUGGAGGGUUUUCAGACUUCCGGAGGCGUUUGGCUGUUCAGUGGGAUGCAGAUGUGGAGGAGGCAGUGGAUGGAGUAAGGUACAUCGCUGAACACAUGAAGACAGAAGACGACGAUGAAGGGAUCAUAGAAGACUGGAAGUACGUAGCCAUGGUGAUAGACCGUCUGUUCCUGUGGAUCUUCAUCCUGGUGUGUGUGGUGGGAACUCUGGGGCUCUUCAUGCAGCCGCUGUUCCAGAGCUACAACACACCCACUGCUGAUGACACAGAAGCUAGUAUUAGGGCGGCUCUUCCCUCCCUGUGCGGAGUCCGUAUGGAUGCGCCAGAGGGGAGCUUUGCGCUCAUAGGGGAGGGACGAACGAAAUCAAGUUCGGAUCACAUCAGGAAGGAGCGCACAGGCAGACGUUCAUUCAGAAAGAAAGUGAAGAGGAUUCCCAAACUACACCGGGGGAGAGAUGCAGCCAGCGGCGAGGUGGACUUUGCUGCUUCUUCUCGUGGGUUUGAUGGCACAAGAAGUUUACUUUACUGCUAUUCAUCCAAGGCAGAGGACCGGCUCUUCAGGAAACUGUUCAGAAGAUAUAACCAGUUCAUCAGACCGGUGGAGAAUGUCUCUGAUCCCGUCACUGUGGAGUUUGAGGUCUCCAUCUCGCAGCUGGUCAAAGUUGUGAAUGUAACCAAAAUCGUCUUUCACUAA